UAAAAAUAUUCUUGCGAAUUAAAUGAAUCUUGACAUUACAAAAAAUCAUUAUAAGUAUUGUCGUCAGCCGUGAAAUAAAUACAUACGUACUUCAUGUUAUACCUUUUAAACUCAAAGUUUAGAUUUCAAAUCUGAAAAUAAUAUGAUUCAAUUAUUAAAAAAAUUUUGUACAAUAAAUUUAAAAAGUUCUAGGAAAUGUUGUACAUUAAUGUCUGGAAGUAUUCCAUGCGAUGUGCGUAUAGUUGAAGUUGGACCAAGAGACGGACUACAAAAUGAAAAACAAAUUGUUCCAACUUCGGUAAAAAUAAAUCUUAUUAAUGGUUUAUCUGCAGCAGGUUUAAAAACAAUAGAGGUUACAUCGUUUGUUAGUCCAAAAUGGGUACCUCAAAUGAGUGAUAAUUCGGAGAUAUUAAAAAACAUAAUUAAGUAUCCCGGUGUUUCAUAUCCAGUACUAACUCCAAAUUUAAAGGGAUUUGAAGCUGCUGUGUGCGCUGGUGCUGAGGAAAUUUCAAUUUUUGGAGCAGCAUCUGAAUCUUUUUCAAAAAAAAAUAUAAAUUGCACAGUAACGCAAAGUAUUGAUAAUUUUCGUCCUAUUUUGAAAGCUGCAUUGGAAAAAAAAAUUAAAGUACGUGGAUAUAUAUCUACCGUUGUUGGAUGUCCUUACGAAGGACCUAUUUCCCCUAUUAAAGUUGCCAAAAUUGUUGAAAAGUUUUUAGACAUGGGAUGUUAUGAAAUAUCUUUAGGAGAUACAAUUGGUGUUGGAACGCCAGGUUCAAUAAAAAAACUACUAGAUGUAGUUUUAAAAGCAGCUGAUGUUGACCAAAUUGCUGUACAUUAUCACGAUACAUAUGGACAAGCUUUACCAAAUAUAUUAAAGUCAUUGGAAUACGGCAUAUCGGUCGUUGAUGCUUCGGUUUCUGGUUUAGGUGGUUGUCCAUAUGCAAAAGGAGCUUCAGGAAACGCAGCAACCGAAGAUGUUGUAUACAUGCUGAAUGGAAUGGGUGUUGAAACCGGAGUUGAUAUAGAGAAAUUGAUUGAUGUAGGUAGGUAUAUAUGCCAUGAAUUACAUCGAAAUUCAGACUCAAAAGUUAACAGGGCCUAUAAGAAAAUUUGAAUACAUAAUGUAAUUAUUCAGUAAAAUAUACUUGAAAUUUAUAUUUUGUACAUAAUGAAGUUUGAAAUAUAUUUGAAGUUUUUGGUAAGAAA